AUGGUUUGGCGCUGUGUUAUUUGCUCUGUGUUUGUGGCCCUCACUCUCAAAUCUUUAUUGAGUCAUAUAAAUUCUGCACAUAGUCGUAGUCCAGAUUUUCGCGUUGUUUGUGGAAUCGAUGGAUGUUCCAAAGAGUAUCGAAUCUACAACUCACUGUGGUAUCACAUUCGAAGAAACCACCGUGAACAUCUGGAAAGUGGCGGGAGAGAGAGGACAGCAACAGCGACCUCAAGCCGGGAAACCUCAUCAGCGGUGAACAGAAACGUGUGGGAAUACAGGCCAGCAACGGCGGAAAACAGAGAGCAUCAAACGGGUGAAGCAGUGAUGGAAAACGGAGUGCAAGCUGAAGAUGUAUUGAUUGAAGAAAACAGAGUGCAGCCCUGUCCAUACUCUGUGUCUCCACAACAUUUUGGAGCAUUUGACAGUACUGCGUCCUUGUACUCUGGCUUUGACGAUGACACCUUUAUCUCCCCAAGUCAUCCUGCUUUGUCCCAGACUGUUGAUAGUACCUCAAAUAAAACUUUGAAUAUUGCGGAUGUUCCAUGUCCUGCUGCAGUUGACUCUUCUGCAUCAUGUCAAUCAAAGGAUGACGCCGGGCGUGACACUUUGACCAGUCAAGCUAUUGCUAUGAUGUUAACUGCAAGAGAAAAACACCAUCUUUCACAGCGAGGUGUGAAUGACGUUUUGGCAGGAAUGCAGCAAUACCAAGCUCUGUUGGUGACUAAUCUAAGGAGCAAGCUACAAACUGUAUUCCAGCAACAUCAAGGAAGUGAACUUGAAAAGGAAGCGAUGGCGGUAUUUGACCAGAUUGAGGAUCCAUUUGCUUCUGUUGCGACAACAUACAGGCAGGACAAUGUGAUUAAGGAAAAUUUCAAUUUUGUGGAGUCAGAGGAGGUUUCUGUGGGGUAUACUGCCUGCUUGAAGAAAAAAGGGGCAACAAGGGUCCUCUCUACAAUACCCAAAUGUUUUCAUUAUAUACCUCUGAUCAAAAGUUUAGAACAAUCAAAACUAGCUGCAAUCCGUCUACUUGCUAUUGCAAAGAAAAGCGAGCUGUCUGAAUGUGGAGUUGAUGGAAUUUUGGGCAGGUUGUAUGAGGACUUGAUAAUGUUAUAUGGUGGUGUUAAUAUUCAAACUGGGAAUGGUGAACGUGAAAUAUUUGGAGCAUUGGUUUCGAUAUGUGGAGACACUUUAGCACAACAUGAGCUUUGUGGAUUUAAAGAGGGUGUUGGUUUUGCCUAUAUUAAGUGCCGGUAG